CAACAAACAACUCUACUCACAUACGACACAGAACCUGGCGGGAAUCCAAUCUGGGUAGCAUUGAUGGGAGGCGAGCGCUCUCACCGCUACGCCACCCAUGCUUCACAUACGCCACCCAUGCUUCCCAUAUGAAGACACUAUAUGGAUUAACAAAGAUACUGUGCAACGAAAUACUCAAGCAAAGCACAGCAGUGGAGAAUAAGAAUGGAAACUUUCUCAGCAUGAAAAGCGAAGUACAGGCUACAUGGAUGGAACACUUUAAAGAGGUGCCGAACAGAGAACAACCAGCAAAUCCAAUAACCAGCGAGGAGGAAAAUGGGUUUGAAUUUAGUGCAGUAAUGGAAGAGAUAGCUGUCAAUGAACCAACUAUAGGCGAGGUAAAAGAAGCAGUCAAGAAACUGAAGAACGGGAAAGCACUGGGAAUCGACAACAUCACAGCAGAGUUACUGAAGACCAACGUUGAGUUUUCAGCACACGUGAUACACUAGCUACUGUCGAAGAUAUGGAAAUAUGAAACCAUUCCAGAGGCCUUAAAUCAAACCGUCCUGUGGCGAACUCGUGGUAAUACUAGUUGCGCUAUUUUUAGAGAUUUCACAUUUUAAAUAUUCAAUUUAGCUGGUGAGAUUAGAAAACGUCCUUUUAUUUAUUUUCCUUUUAACACCUACUUUGUUUAGUUCUUUGAUAUUUCGUUGAGUUUGGAAGCGAAUUCUGUGAUGAAUUACACGUCUGAACUUCAAUUACGAAAGACGUCUUCCACUUCGAUGAAGUCAAUUGAUUUUUACAACCCAGGGCCCGGUUGUACGAAGCCUAGAUAGCGCUAUC